UAAAAGACACUUUCGAGUCCGCACUUUUGUUAUUUUCCUUCCAAUUUUAUUUGCCUUACAGAAUCCAAAGAAGCUUCUCUCCUCAUCUUCGACGAAUCCAAUAUCAAAAGAUGAAUUCGACUCCGACGCUUCGUGCUCACCCAAAAAUUUAAUCGCUUUCCGUCGAUUUCACCGGCGACUAACUCAAUUUACCUGUGUUAAGCAUUAGAGGCUUUGUGUUUUGAGUUUGGUUUGCGAUGGGAACUGUGGUUGGAACUGUUGAGGACUGCAUAGAGAUGUUUGAAAGCAGUGCUGCUCAGACAAGGAUCACACCUUUUUCUCCAAUAAAUCAGAUUGGAAACCCUGUUGCCUACAAGCUAGUCCGGGUUGCAGGAGAUGGGAGACUAGUGCCUGCAACCGAUAAAGAAAUUUUUGAGGUCAAUGAGACGGAUAUGCAUACUGAAUCAGAUGCUUGUCAGAGUGUAGGUUACCUUCCUGCCCAAGGGUUACCUUCUCGGUUGUCCCAACUAGAAGAAACUUCCCAAGCUAUCAGUUCAGGUUUAUUGCAGUUUGAUUAUGUGGAACCAUAUACAGACCAGGUGAAUUCUCAACUUGAGUGUAAUGAGAUGUUGCAAAAGGUUGAUCAGGAUGAGCGGCUUGUCAAUGUCAUGAUAGAUGGACCUCACAUGCUUUCUACUCCUCCAGAUGCCAACAUCCAGUGUUGUAAUGAAAACAAGAUAUUUGAUGAGGAUCAUGUCCAGCAUGAACCUUUGCUGCAGCAGCAACCCAUUCCUUUCUCAUCUAAUACGGUUGAACCUUGCUCAAACGCUGAAGCUAGUCCAAAAGAAACUGCUACUACUGCUCAAAAACCUGAUUUUUCUUUAGUUAGAGGUGAGAUCUGCUUGAGUAAUCUACCCAUUAAGGCACUGCAAGAAACAUUCAAGGCAACCUUUGGCCGUGAGACGACUGUUAAGGACAAGACUUGGCUGAAAAGGAGGAUUACAAUGGGACUUACUAAUUCCUGUAAUGUACCAACAACUAACCUGACGAUUACAAACAACAAGCUAGUUGGAAAUCAAGAUUUGACUGAUGAUGUAAGAGCUACUGAUCAUGUCAAUGGACAUUCAAAUGCUUUUGGACAUAGUCUCAGUGAAGACUUUUCAUGUGAAGAGAGGGCUGCGAAAAGGGUUAGGAAACCUACAAGAAGAUACAUUGAAGAACUUUCAGAAACCGAUGAGAAACAGCCAGUGGUUACUUCAAAAGAUCAGAAGCUAUCAGAAAAAUCUGAGGUGAGGUCUAUUAGCGUCUCCUUAGGGAAGAGAGUCACCGUCACCAGGGUGGUGUCCCUUGCUGGAUCUGAAAUUGUGGUUCCUUAUGUUUCCCUUGUCCGGAGAAGCCGUCCAAGAGAGAACAUCAUGGCUCUUAUGGAAUGUCACUCCAGUUGCUUGGAGGCAAAAGCUAAUUCAGGAGAGAGUAACAUGCUACACAGUGAAGUGCUAAAGUCUGCUUCUGGACCAGACCAGAAAGAAUUAGCUACAAGUAGGAGCAACAAUGAGGAGGAUGUUCUCACUGAGGUUGAUCAAGACAUGGAGCCAGAGAACAUAGACUCAUCUGGAAAUAGCUCAGAUGACAAUAGUAACAUUGGCUUGCCAGCGAUGCCAGGUGGUGGACUUAGAAGGAAGCAUCACCGAGCUUGGACCCUAUCUGAGGUUACACAAUUAGUAGAAGGUGUAGCCAAGUAUGGAGCUGGGAAGUGGUCUGAAAUCAAAAAGCUUUCGUUUUCAUCUCAUUCGUACCGUACCUCUGUAGAUCUCAAGGACAAAUGGCGAAAUCUUCUGAGAACAAGCUUUGCUCAGAGUCCCUCAAACAGCAUGGGAAGUCUCAAGAAACAUGGAUCGAUGCACAUUCCUAUGCAGAUUCUGUUGCAGGUAAGGGAGCUCGCAGAGAAGCAAGCACUGGUCCCACCGAAUCACCUAUAAAAUAAGAUUAUUCGAGAUGAGGAAACAAGAUCCAACUCCUUGUAGCUGAGUUUUGUAAAAGAGCAACCAAGUUAGGAAGCUUUGGUCUAAAACUAUGGUAUUUGUCUAAAGAUGAAACUGAUUUUGGUUUUAUUUUGACAAGAAAUAAGAGGAACAGAUUUUCUCAAAAAGAUCACAAGUUAAUUAUUAAAUAAUCAAAGUGGCCAAACAACUACAUUGCA